GGUCUCACCUGGGCGUGGUGUCACACUUGACUCGACUGAGCGUGUUGUUUACGUAGGUCUCCUCUCCUUCGCCCGGCCGUUCCCUCAGAGACAGAGUUCUUACCACUGCUCGUCGCCAUGUCCUACAUGCUACCUCACCUCCACAACGGCUGGCAAGUAGACCAGGCCAUCCUCGGGGAAGAAGAGCGAGUAGUCGUCAUUCGUUUCGGCCACGAUUGGGACCCCACCUGCAUGCGAAUGGACGAAAUUCUACACAAGGUCUCUGAGAAAGUGAAAAACUACGCCGUGACGUAUCUCGUCGAUAUAUCGGAGGUUCCUGACUUUAACAAAAUGUACGAGCUUUACGAUCCGUGCACAGCAAUGUUUUUCUACAGGAACAAGCACAUCAUGAUCGAUCUGGGCACGGGGAACAACAACAAGAUCAACUGGGCCAUAGACAGUGCCCAGGAGAUGAUAGAUGUCGUUGAGACUGUGUAUCGUGGAGCCAGUAAAGGUAGGGGUCUGGUUGUUUCGCCCAAGGACUAUUCGACCAAGUACCGCUACUGAACACUAGCCAAACAUGCUAUGCUGGAUCAUUAUUUUACCACUUUGCUUUCAUUUUUCACACACAAGCUCUUACAGUCUGCUGAACAAUUAUAUAUAAUAUUAUCAUAAUGCUGUCUCUCUCAACUGGU